CUAAUGCCAUUAUAGCGGACGUUGCUCCUUACCGCAUCUCAUCUGAAGCUUUAUUUGCCAUAAAUACUUUCCUUGAUGAAUUCUUAUAUUGCUUAAUAGAUUCUGCUAGGUCUCUUGACUUGGUACGAAUAAAAUUAGCCAUUGGUCAAGUUUUACCUACUAGCUUAGGUAAAAAUGCUGUUCAGGAAGCUGAACUAGAACUAAAAACUUAUUGGGAAAGUGGUAACUCGGACCAUACUCAAGAAAGGACUAUAGAAAUAAAUCCUUUCCCUUUACAAAAAGUUUUUGAACAAUUUCGUAUAAAAUGUCAAUAUUUUAGUACCUUAGGUGAACGCGCUUCCGAUGAUCGAGGACGUAAUUUGGUACCUGAUUUAUAUGGUGCGGAGGGUAUUCAUAUUGCUCCAAGUUUGGCAAUAUAUUUAACAGCAGUAUUAGAGUAUGUAGGAGAGUAUACACUUAUAUUGGUUGCUAAAAUUUCGGAAAGGCAAGGUUCAGAAGUAGCAAAAGAUAGAGAAGUAUAUAUCGCAUUGAUCGAAGAUGCACAAAUAUAUCCAUUAUUCC